AAAAAAAAUUGCUGGUCUCAUUUUAUGAGGAAGACAUUGAGUCCCAGCGUGAGGGGUUAUAGACAGGACUUUCUCAAGAUUGCACAGGUAUAUCCCGUGCCUUACCUGACUGGGGGCUCUGAGUCCAGUUGUGUUGUCUUCAACUUAGACACCAUGGAGGCACCUCCAGUCACCAUGAUGCCUGUCACUGGGGGCACCAUUAACAUGAUGGAGUACCUAUUGCAGGGAAGUGUUUUAGAUCACAGUUUGGAAAGCCUCAUCCACCGCCUUCGUGGUUUGUGUGACAACAUGGAACCUGAGACUUUCCUUGACCAUGAGAUGGUAUUCCUUCUUAAGGGCCAGCAAGCCAGCCCAUUUGUUCUCAGGGCCCGACGCUCUAUGGACAGGGCAGGAGCACCCUGGCAUCUGCGCUACCUGGGACAGCCAGAAAUGGGAGACAAGAAUCGCCACGCCCUGGUGCGAAACUGCGUGGACAUUGCCACAUCUGAGAACCUCACCGACUUCUUGAUGGAAAUGGGCUUCCGCAUGGACCAUGAGUUUGUUGCUAAGGGACAUUUGUUCCGUAAGGGCAUCAUGAAGAUUAUGGUGUACAAGGUUUUCCGCAUCCUGGUGCCAGGGAACACAGACAGCACUGAGGCCUUGUCACUCUCCUAUCUCGUGGAAUUAAGUGUGGUAGCACCUGCUGGGCAGGAUGUGGUCUCUGAUGACAUGAAGAACUUUGCAGAGCAGCUAAAACCUCUGGUUCACCUAGAGAAAAUAGACCCCAAGAGGCUCAUGUGACUAAGAGGAUCUGUCCACAUUUGGGGCCUGUCCUUACUUGCUUGAAAAAAUAUGACACUAUUGCACUCCAGCCUGGGUGAGAAGAGCAAAACUCUGUCUCAAAAAUAAAAAUAAAAACAAAGAGGGGAAACCGGAAUAAAUUAGCUUUUGGAAAGGAAAAUUUCUUGUUUGGCCAUUUGUGUAUAAGGUUUGUAACAUUAGAGGCUGUGAGCUUGUGUUAUAUGGUAAUAAAGCCAAUGAAGAGAAA